ACCUGCCCUAAAAUCUGUGCUGCCUCCAUGGUCUGUUUACAUUUAAUGCCUGACCCUCCUGGUUAAGAAAAGUGUACAUUUUUGAAAGGUUAGAAACAUAUUAGUUUACACCCAGUCAAAGGCUCCUCCUCCUUCUCUUCUUGCUUUUAAUGAAGACUUACACAAUGAGAUACAGUCAGAACUAGAAAAACAUAAGAAUAUAGUCAUGCAGAUGUGCUACAAGGAUCAUAACAUCUCGGGAAAGGAACAAAUAUUUCUAUGCAUUGCAGCCCUGGUACUGAGUGUGUUAGGAAUACUUGCUGAAGAAGAGCAAGCUGUCAAACCUCAGAACUGCACCAAGGACUGUAUACAACAGGGUGCAUCUGAAUGCAAUUUUUGUCGGAUCACAUCUCAGGACACACAAAUUGCAUCCAAGCUGGGAUUUAAUAUCCAGGACAUAUUUGGGGGUUGUAUCCCAAAGCCAUGUUUUGCUCUGAUGAGCAAUAGAAAUCUGUGUGAACACUAUGUUAAGGCACCAGAAUGGGUUGACAUCCAAUUCAUUGACACCAAAGACAGGAAGUCUGAUACUGUCAUCAUAAAAUGGCGCCCCAGUCCUUCAGGUCUCAGCUUCCUUAGAGGAUUCCAAAUUUCACUACAAGGACUGAGAGCAGAUAUUGGCUUAGUGGGGUGUCAGCUCUACUUGUUUAACACUGUCCUGGAGCUGGAAAGCGGAGACAAUCACAAGGUAUACCAAUCUGAUCCUUUUACUGGGCUUGUGCUAAAUACUCAGUAUGUUGCAACAGUGAUUGCUCUACCUGUCCCUGAACAAUGGAACCACUUCUAUACAAGCAAACCGUUCAGAACAAGAAGCUGCUUGCAGAUGAAGAAAAAAUUGUCCCUCUGUCGAUCAGAUUGGUACCCAAGAAAUAUCACCAUAUCCCAACAAGGUUCUAGCCUGUUAAUAACCUUUGACCUUGCACCAAGAGCCCUGAAUGUCAACAAUUAUUACCUUUUCUACAAGGAAGGAAAAGGAAAUGUAAUGAAGUAUGUCAUGUAUUCUCCAAUGCAUCUGAUGCAGCAGGAAGGGCAGCAAGAAGACAAGAUGGAGUAUGGUGUGGUUGUGCUUUCAAAUCUUACACAAGGAAGGAACUAUACCAUUGAGGUAGCAGGUGACUUUGAAGAUGCCACAAGAAAGACUGCUUAUUAUUUUGUCACCAAAUCAGAUUCCAUCACUGGGUCAACAGGCAGCUUAGGAACAGUGCUAGUUAUAGCACUAGCUCCCUCACUAAUCCUUGCAGUAGUGAGUCUGAUUAUGGUCAUAAGUCGAUGGAAGAAACAGAGACAUCAGACCACAGCUAUAGAGAAAGACAUUGAAAAAAGAUUUGUGGACUCCAAAGUUGUUGAGUAUUACUCAGAGAAGCUAAUUCAGGCUCCUACGUUCAUCCCUAAAGUCUUUAUCUGCUACUCUAGCUUGGAUGGCUCAAAGCAUACAGCGGUAGUGCUACGUUUUGCUGCUUACUUGCAGGAAUACUGUGGUUGCAAGGUAGCCUUGGACAUCUGGGAUCAUUUGAGCACUGCAGAAGAAGGAAAGAUGGGUUGGAUGUGUCACCAAAUAGAAGAAUCAGAUUACAUCCUAGUUGUCUGUUCCAAAGGACUCAAGUACUAUGUAGAGAAAUGUUCUCAAAGACCUGGGUGCACAAAGGUCUCAGACUGUAACAAUACUUUCAUAGCAGCUAUACAUAUAAUUGCAGAGAAGUUACGCCAAGCUAGAAUCUACUCAUAUGAUAUCUCAAAAUUUAUCGCAGUCUUUUUUGAAUACUCCAGCAAGGAAACAGUCCCUACCAUCCUAGACUUGGCUGCCAAAUAUGAACUGAUGGAAGACUUCCCACUGCUAUUUUCUCACCUGCACGGGUUAGCUCUGAGUGGGCCUAGGCAUGAGUUGUAUAUAGAGAAUAUCUCGAAAAACAGCUACUUCAAGACCUGUUCUGGGCUUGCACUCUAUACAGCAAUUACUAAUAUGUGCCAGUUUGUGAACUCUAGUCCUCAGUGGUUUGAACAUUUAUUGAAGGAAACCUACAAAUCCAUCUAAACACAGUCAUUAAAGCUAUUGUACCAUGCUUUUGAACUGCUGCUAAGACAAGGUUCCAGCUCUGGAAUUGGGGACAAUGGUGACAUUGAUGAUCAUAAGACUGGAUUAACUGAAGAAAAUAGUAUAUGUAAAAGUCAUAUCACAUAAGAUGCGAAAUAUUGUUAACAAAUAUCACACAGGUUACCCCCCUGGUUCAGAUAUAGAAUGUAUGUCAUGCAGCCUAUUUAACUUUCUUUUGUCUAUGUAGCAAAUGUAGCUUAACAACAACGCCAUCAUGGUGCACAUGCGAACAUUAGAAUGCACAUAUGUGAGUUAAGCAUGCAAACCAGCUGUAGAUAAGCUACUUAUUAAACUUCACAUCACAGUAUAUUGCAACCUAGGGACUAACUAACAUAAUUAGUAUUUUAAAACUUGUAAAGCAGAGGUGGCAUUAUAUUCUGCAGCAGGCAUACUGUUUAAAACAAACUACUUUAAUUCUACCAAACAUUAAGUCUGUAUCAUUUUUAGGAAAAUACAGCUACAAUCAGAAGCACAGUAUAGCUCUAAUGCCCUAGUCUUUUUGCUUAUAACAUCCAUGAACCAAUGGCAUAAUGAUGAAAAACUCCCCAAAACAUUUUCUACUUCUUGAAAAGGGAGGGCCCCACUCUGUACUGCUGAGCUGCAUAUGGAUAUCCAUGUCUGGAGAUGAAAUUCAGGACAUUCUGUACAAAAUAAGACAGCAACUAAGGAAUGAAGCAGAUAAAUCCCUAUCUUCAUGCCAGAAGUACCCUGGGAUGCUUACAGAAUGAAGCCUGAGAAGAAUGGCACAAAAGUAUAAGUAAUUCCCAUAGAGAAAGUCUAAAUAGUAACCAUCUGGUGUCUUAGCUAAAACCCAACCUAGAUUCCAUGGACACGACUCUUGCAUGGCUUGUUUUACAAGUAAUAUGAGAUUACUACCAUAUCUUCAUGAGUAAAGCAACACAGUAAACAGCUAACAGAUACAAGUACCCAGCAUUUGUGAGUGCUGUGAGAUCAUGCAGAGAUUUCAGCAAAGAAAGACUGUUUAUUAUGAUGAUGAUGAUGAUGAUUAUUAUUAUUAUUAUUAUUAUUAUUAUUAUUAUUAUUAUUAUUAUCAUUAUUAUGUUCCUCUAGAUGGUCCUUGUUUCAGAUUUCCUAACCUAUUCUGUCCAUCUUCCCCUGUAAAUGAUUGACACAUGAUCAUUUGCAAAACUAUUGUUGGACAACAACUUGAUAUAGAACAUUAACCCUGUAACCACCCA